AGCCGCUAACCCGGAAGAGGUGGUGUUGUAGGGCUCCGCUGGCGGUGGUGGCUGCUGCUGCGACUUUGGGGACUAGUGCGGCGCUAGGAUGAACGCCCCUCCCGCCUUCGAGUCGUUCUUGCUCUUCGAGGGCGAGAAAAAGAUUACCAUUAACAAGGACACCAAGGUACCCAAUGCCUGUUUGUUCACCAUCAACAAAGAAGACCACACGCUAGGAAACAUCAUUAAAUCACAGCUGCUGAAGGACCCGCAGGUGCUGUUUGCUGGCUACAAAGUCCCCCACCCCUUGGAGCACAAGAUCAUCAUCCGAGUGCAGACCACCCCGGACUACAGCCCACAGGAGGCCUUCACCAAUGCCAUCACGGACCUCAUCAGCGAGCUCUCCCUGCUGGAGGAGCGCUUCCGGGUGGCCAUUAAAGACAAGCAAGAAGGCAUCGAAUAGGAGGCUGGAAGUCUUGCUUGGCUAGUUCCUACCCUGCACUGGAACCUUCUAGGAGAGCAGCUUCCCCAGCUUCGGGGACAUCCUGGUGCGCCCCUUCCCGCCGGAGCUGCUGUGUCCUGGACAGAGUCUAUUUUACCUUCCUGAUAAAGUGCGGCAGGAAAGGGCCUGGCUGGGGGCUAAAGCCGAGGGGACUUCGCGGGGCAUGGGGCUGUGCGGAGGACCGGUUACCUGGGGCCCGUCCACGCUGCAGUGUGGCCCCAGAGGACCACAGUCACUUGCAGGAGCCCCUGCUCCCAGCCUGGCUGGUCUCCGAGUAGCAGGGCCACAGACCGCGCUCCAGUCUUCUUAAACAGCGGAGAGUUUAAUAAA